AUAAAUUCCAAUAUCGCCUGCCUAGCUGACUGUUUUAAACUGUACAGUAGUGUAGAUAAAUGGCCACAAGAUGGCACGAUGUACCUAAAGAUUUGUGUGGCUCCUUGAAGCUAGAGGUCGCUCUAAAAUAUCUGUGGAGUUGUUGUAAUUGUAGGUAGGACGAAAGAUGGCGGAGUCAGAGGAACCCAAAGCAACUUGCACCUUUCUAUUUAAAAAAUCGAAUAAAAAAUUCAACGCUAGGAAGAGAAAAGCAAGUGACAGCGACAAAGAUGGCAACAGUGACGAAGACAAGAAUGCCGUGGUCAGAAGGGACAGAAAGACUGGUUCGGUGAACCCUAUGAUUCAAAGGACGAAGAAAGCAGAGAGAGAGGCGGUGUCAUCCGGUGACAGCGAUGAGGAAAAAGAAACGAAAAAAAUCACUGUGGCUUACAAGUCUACAAGGUCAGCGAAACCAGAGGGUCCAGAUGACAUGGGAGCAACUGCUGUCUAUGAGCUGGACACUGCAAAGGACAAUGACGCUCAGGCUAUCUUUGAGAGAAGUCAGAAGAUCCAGGAGGAGUUGACUGGUAAAGAGGACGAUAAGAUCUACAGAGGAAUGAACAACUACAAAAAACACAUCAAGCCCAAAGACUCCACAAUGGGCAAUGCCUCCUCUGGCAUGGUCAGGAAGGGCCCAAUCCGGGCCCCAGAGCACCUUAGGGCCACAGUGAGGUGGGACUACCAGCCAGAUAUCUGCAAGGACUACAAAGAGACUGGCUUCUGUGGCUUUGGAGACAGCUGCAAGUUCCUCCAUGACCGUUCAGAUUACAAACAUGGCUGGCAGAUCGAGAGGGAGCUGGACGAGGGCCGCUACGGGGCCAAUGAUGAGAACUACGAGGUGAGCAGCGAUGAGGAGGACAUGCCCUUUAAAUGCUUCAUCUGCAGAGAGUCCUUCAAGAACCCCAUCGUCACCAAGUGUCGCCACUACUUUUGUGAGGUCUGUGCUCUUCAGCACUACCGCAAGUCCAAACGCUGCUACGUGUGUAAUGUCCAGACCAACGGCGUUUUCAACCCAGCUAAAGAACUUGCAGCCAAGAUUGCAAAACAUCAAGCCAUGCUAGACCAACCACCCUCUGAUGAAGAUGAUUAGCAAACUGUUACUACAGUUAAGCCCAAAAGUAUUCAUACCCAUGCCAAAUUUUGAGCCAUAGAGAUUUAUUUUUUUGACCAAUAGGUUUCUUCUGACU